AUGGUUUGUGUAGCCUUUGUGUGUCCCCUCUUAGCCGAUGUCUACGAAUGGGCGACUCCGAAAAACAUAAAUUGUGUACACACAAAUUUCCUUGUGUAUGUGUGUCGUAUUUUGUGCCUUGGCACGGAAAUGCAUGUGAACAAAAAUUUGUGUAAGACACAUUUAAUGCCAAUUCACCCUCAGUGA